AUGGGAAAUAGUUUAGGUGGGAAAAAGACCACAAAGGUGAUGAAAAUUGAUGGUGAAACAUUCAAACUAAAGACACCGGUAAAAGUCGGUGACGUGCUUAAGGAUCACCCGGGUCUUGUCUUGUUAGAAUCCGAGGAGGUGAAGCAUUAUGGAGUAAGAGCAAGGCCGUUGGAGUUACACAAGGAAUUGAAGUCGAAGAGACUCUAUUUUCUUGUGGAACUUCCAAAGGAAAGUAUGGUUACGAGAAGGGUUCGUUCGGUGAUUAAUAUGAGUGCUAAAGACAGACUUGAGAAUCUGUCUUUAGCUCGAAGGUCAGCUUCGGACCUAACUAUUAUAAAAUCGAAGAGCGAUUUUGAGGUGGGAAAAGAAGAGUUGGCGAAUGGCGGGGUGAGGUUGAAAAUGAGACUUCCAAAGGCAGAAGUUGAGAAGUUGAUGCAAAGUAGUAAGGAUGAAGGUGAGGCUGCUGAGAAGAUUAUGAGUCUUUGUAUGGCUAGUGGUAGCAAUGAUAAGAAACAAAAGAAGAAAAUGGUUUGGAAAGGUAGUAGAGGUGCUGGUGAAUUCACAAAGGCUUAUGAGAAAAGGGUGAGUUUUAUGCCAAUUAAUGAAGGAAGUUGUUCCAUCGCAGUGGCUUCCUAA